AACCAUCCAAACCUGAGGGUACCCUGAAUGUGAUUUCCAUCAAUGCACAAUCCUGCAAACUUAAAUGGAAUCCUCCAUGUGAUGGUGACAGUACAAUAAUUAGAUAUAUCAUUCAGCAACGUGCUGGUACAAAGAGAGAAUGGACAACAGUUAGCAAUCAGAUUCCACCUAAUGUUACUUCAUAUGAUGUUACAAAUCUUAAGCUAUCUACUGAAUACUACUUCAGAGUUUGUGCAGAGUAUGCAGUAGGUAGGAGUGAAUAUCUGGAAUCCAAUGGAAUAAUAAUCACAUUUGAUCCAUCGAGUGGAUUGAAAAUAAUGUAUCGAGGGCGUGCUAUGAUGUUAGGAGCAAGUGGUGCUGGCAAGACUUCCACAGUGAGAGCCGUAUUUGGUGAACCAUUUAACAAAAAACAUGUUAGCACAGAUGGAAUUGAAAUAUUUAGAUUUGAUACAGAUUGGCGUAAAGUUAAAGGUGACUCAACUGAGGCAAUUGAAUCAGCCCAUAUAGAUGCUAUUGCAAAUACAAUAGAGUUGAAACAAAAACCACGAGAAGCAAAAGGUGCAUAUUCUAAUGUGAGCAGUGCAAAAAUAAAAGGAGAUACAGAUAGAAUUGAGCGGGUUGGUAAGAAUGAAGAAGUCUAUAAUGAACUCGUGGAAAGAUUGAAAGAUGCUAAAGAUACAACCAAAGAAGACUAUUGCUUCACAUUGUUUGAUUUUGGUGGGCAAGAAAUUUAUUAUAUUUCACAUCAGGUCUUUACACAGGGUAAAUGCUUGUACAUAAUUGUGACAGAUAUUUCCAAGAAACUGGAUGACCAAGUUACUGACCAAGAAGGGCAAAUGAAGAUUAAUCAUGAACUGAAAACAGUGAAAGAAUUUAUUCUCUACUGGGUAAAUACAAUACUGACAUAUGCUGCACAAAAUGAAGAUGAUGAGUACCCGAAGAUAGUAAUUGUUGCAACUAAAGCAGAUAAGAUAUCACAGGGGAGGCCGGUUAUUUGUCCUAAAGAAGUGGUUAGUCCAUCAGGCAGUGGUUUACCCGAUUUUACCGACAAUGACGAAACUGUGCCCCUGGAGGUCUUUACUCCUAUUGGGCUCAUUGCAUGUUCCUUUGUGGAUCCGUCCUCGCAUGGUGCCGGGUUUGCCUCUGAAAUGAGGGCUUUGGUCGAAGGACUGCAGGGGCAAAUUGCGUCUUCGGCAGGUCGGGUAGAUCAGAUGCAGUCGGAGCGAGCUGUCUCCACUGUGGCCCCUCAACCGGCAAACAGGAAGAAACACAGAAAGCUCUUGCAUUCAAAACAUGUCUCUUCCGGAGAACCCCCCCAUUCCCAGCCACGACUCUCCUGUUGUUUUGGGAUCACAGACGCCGGGAUCCAAAGCAACCUCGUCAACAGGUCUCCCCUGGCCCGAGUGCCGAGUGGGGCACAGUGCGCACAGACGAUGUUGAUGGGCGGGCGCUGGUCAGCCACGGAUGAGGUAACAUCUAAGGCCUCCGAGUGUGGUAAAUCUUGUGCAAAUGCUUUCUGCUGGACCAAACACUACCCGGUCGGUGUGGUUUGGGAUCAGAUUCCAAAGUGUGGGAUUAAACCAAACACCCCCAAACCGGAUCCCAUGGCGCAUCCCCAGUCCCCGGUACCGCGACUUUCUGUUUGGAAAACCGGGAUACCGCUGAAAUCUUCAUCUCUCCCGUCAGUGUCUCCCCCAUUGGGGGGCACUGCCAGAGGACUCCUGCAAGGUGGAGGCAAUCAGUUCAUGCUGCUACUCAAAUGUGUUUGUAGUACCAAAUCUACAGGUGGCGGGCGUCCAGUUCUAGACUUAGACAGACUGAAUCGGUAUGUGCUCCUCGAUCGGUUUCACAUGGAGACGCCAUACAGCAUUCUUCUCUCCAUCCACUGUUUCGACUGGCUAGCUUCACUAGACUUAAGCAGAGCAUACCUACACAUACCGAUGCACCCGGCGAGUUGCCAUCUCUUUCGAGACGUCCAGCUGGGCCAAGUAUUUGAAUCUCGGGUGCCCCCCCUUCGGGUUAUGCACAGCCUCCUACGUUUCACCGGAAUGGAUGAAACAGGUGGUGCUGCUGCUUCACCAAUCGUCGGUACACAUCUAUCGGACCCAGACGACUGGUUAUUACAUAACCCAAACAAGGGGUUAUUAGUAAGGCUAGCACAGGAUUUACUUCACCAGUUGGGCUCUUAG